AUGACCACUCUUAUUCCCCGUGAUCCCUAUACACAGGAUGAGCUCGCUCGACUGUACCCGGCAGCUCUGAAGCUGCAACUCGUGCAAGUGUUCCUUCGUCAUGGUGAACGUACACCCGUAUCAUCGCGAUUCACAAAUACAGGCCUAAGUCCAUACUGGCCGUAUUGUGGCGUCGCAAGACGUAUGGUGCAGAUGGCAUCGAGCAGCAAAGACCUCUCGGAAUGGAACGGGUUCCAAUGGCGCCGGAAAAUGGAGUCAUUCGGGAGUAAUGACCAGUCGGUGAUCGCAACAGCACCGGGAGGACCAGUCGAGGCGAUGUGCUUGCAUGGCGAGCUCACAGAUAAGGGUCGUGAGACGACGUAUGCGCUCGGACAACGACUGCGCCAUCUAUACGUUGACCAGCUCGGGUUCAUGCCCCAAAUCAAGAGCGAUUCUGAGGAUAUGAAGCCUUUUUGGGGCAUGUACCCGGCUAGCGCGCGCACGCUUGACUUCCCACCGCCGGUGAUUGUGGCCCGCCAGGUUAAUGAAGAGACACUAUUCCCCAACGAGGGGAAUUGUAGACGAUUCCGACAGCUGUCGCGGCUUUUUGCCGACCGCGCCGCUGCACGAUGGAACGACUCUGAACAAAUGGCAUAUUUGAACAGCCUCUGGUCAAAGCAUAUGCCCGAAGAAUCCCCCAAGGUUGCCGUCGAUGCCCAUCCUCGUCUUUCUGGAAUCAUGGACACCAUCAACGCAACCGAUGCCCAUGGCCCAGGCACUAAGCUCCCAUCCGAGUUCUAUGACAAGAAGGGUCGUGCUGUCUUGGACCGUAUUGCGGUCGAGGAGUGGUUUGCUGGCUACGGUGAGAGCAGCGAGUAUCGUAAGCUGGGCAUUGGUGCUCUCAUGGGUGACGUGGUUGACCGCAUGGUCAGCACCGCGGUGGAGGGUGGUUGGCGCAGUGAGACUGCUGCGUCGGGGUCAGGAAACCCAGAGACCGGCAAAGCUAUCAAGUUUGCUAUGAGCGGCUGCCACGACACCACUUUGGCAGCGAUCCUGUCCAGUGUUGGUGGAUUCCAGAACCAGUCCUGGCCUCCAUUUACUUCCUCUAUUGCAGUUGAGCUCUUCUCCCAAGCGCCCCGCUCCGGUUCCGACGCUGGCGUCAUGCUCGAGGAGUUCUCCAACCCACCCGUCGCAUCCAAGAAGCCUAGCGUCCUCUCCCAGCUGUUCGGUAAGUCCACACCGAAGCAACCCACCACCUCCGAUACUGCACGCGCACCUCUCGAAUCCCUCCCCGAAGGCGCUCGCGAGUCUCUCCAGAAGCACUAUGUCCGUAUUCGCUACAAUGACCAACCGGUCCUUAUCCCCGGUUGUGCUGCUAAGCCUGAGAACCACCUGCCUGGCGAUGAGACAUUCUGCACCUUGGAUGCCUUCAAGGAGAUUGUCGAUAAGUUUACGCCCAAGGAUUGGCAACUCGAGUGCACAGCGAACCUUGGCGCAGGGCCCCACGGCCCAGACGAUCGUGAGAAGGCCCCGGCUGGGUUCUAG